AUGUUCUCCCUCGCCUCUCUGCGCGCGGCACUACCCUCAGCAGCCUCGCGCGCACCGACAGCGCCGUUGCGGCAACUCGGCCAGACGCGUGGCUUGCGCCAGGUGUUGGCACCCAAACGCGUAAAGUUCUCGCGCGUGCACAAGAAUAUUGUCCCCGUACCCAUUGGAGGGAGCAUCAAGGGCACCACAUUAUCCUUUGGCGAUUAUGGGCUCAGGAUUAAGGGGGAGGGCGCGAGGAUACCGGCCAGGACAUUGAAGACGGUUUACGAGACGCUGAGGAGGAAGUUGAAGCCGGUCAAGGGAUGCAAGAUCUGGUUGAGGCGCUUCCCGGACUUUCCCGUCAGUAUAAAGGGCAAUGAGACGCGUAUGGGUAAGGGUAAGGGUACAUUCGAGUACUGGGCAACACGUUGUGCAACUGGCAAGGUGCUGUUCGAGAUAGGUGGCGGUGGAUUGCGUGAGGAGCUUGCUCGCGACGCACUCCGUUUGGCGUCUGACAAGCUACCGACAAGAAUGGAAUUCAUCACUCGCUCAACACCACCAAGGCUAGGUCGCCUACUCAUCACGCCCGAGGUGCCGAUUGUGGAGACGACACCCGCCUUGAAUCGCACGGUAGACGUGAAUCCGCCAGCGUAG